AUGGGCAAUUCGCAAUUUCCGAACACCUCCGCCGACAAGCACGACGUACGAAUGGCGCCCCAAACGCACCUAUCCUUCGUCCAAAAGAGAGCUCUACAGACACACCAGCGACAGAUCCCUGGACUCACGCAAGCCGAUCUCUGUCGAUGUGCGCUGGGAGAGUUUGGAGUCCGUGUUGCACGGUCCACGACCAGCAGGAUUCCGAGAGAGGACAUUCCUGUCAUCCUCAAUCUGAGAGCCAAACGGCAGCAGAAGGGCAGACACGCCGAAAUGGAGAAAGCGCUGUUCUAUUUCGUGCUCGACACUCAAAGUAAAGUCACGUUGACCAAAUUCAUCCUCCACCAGAAGGCUAAUCAACUGCUCGAGGACGCAGGUGCAACGAUGAAGCUCUCGCUUGCGUGGGUGUCAAGGUUCAAAGCCCGACACGGCAUCAAGUCUUACCGAUUGCAUGGCGAUUCGGCCUCAGUCGAGCUAGAGACCCUUCACCAGAGACGCCGAGAACUCCGGACCCUUCUCGACGGCUACGCGGCGUGCGAUGUUUUUAAUAUGGAUGAAACUGUUCAUUUUUAUCGCAUGACGCCUUCGCGGGAUCUGGCAACGAUGCCUUUGAGUGUAAGAAGAAAGAUAAGUCGUGCGUUUCGAUAG